UUUGUGUUUUUAAAUGCUGUGGUAUCUACUAUCUGUUUGAAUUGCAUUAUCGAUUUCAUGAUAUUUGUUAAAUAUGCGAGGAUCCAUUGAGAUGGUAGUACUUGGUAACUUAAAUUUGUUUGGUGGUUGUUAGUUUGACGUUCUUUUGACCAUAUGGGAAUCAUAGCAACAUGUCUAGCGGAUAUAACUGGAGUUUAUAGAAAUGGCUGAUGAUGAGGAUAUUCAGCCCAUUAUUUGUGACAUUGGAUCUGGAAUGGUGAAGGCGGGGUUUGCUGGUGAUGAUGCUCCUAGGGCGGUGUUCCCCAAUAUUGUGGGUAGGCCACGACACCCUAGUGCUAUGGUAGGCAUGGGUCUAAAGGAUGCUUAUGUAGGAGAUGAAGCCAUAUCGAAAAGUGGUGUUUGUACUUUGAAAUACCCUAUUAAGCAUGGUGUUGUCAGCAACUGGGAUGAUAUAGAAAAGAUUUUGCAUCACACCUUCUAUAAUGAGCUUCGUGUUGCCCCUGAAGAGCACCCUGUGCUUCUUACUGAGGCACCAUUAAAUCCCAAGGCAAACAGAGAGAAGAUGACUGAAUGCAUGUUUGAGACCUUCAAUGUUCCUGCCAUGUACAUUGGAAUCAUGGGUGUGCUUUCUUUGUAUGCAAGUGGUCGUACAACUGGCGUCGUGUUGGAUUCUGGAGAGGGCGUGUCCCACACAAUCCCAAUUUACGAAGGCUAUUCAAUUCCUCAUGCCAUAUUCCGUCUUGAUCUAGCUGGACGUGACCUCACAGAUUACCUAAUGAGAAUCCUGACCCAAAGAGGCUAUGCUUUCACCACAACUGCUGAAUGGGAAGUUGUCCGUGACAUUAAAGAGAAGCUUACAUACACGGCUCUUGACUACAAGGAAGAACUCGAAACUGCAAAAAAUAGUACGAGUGCCUCUGUUGAAAAGAACUACGAGCUGCCCGACGGACGGGUUAUCACGAUUGGGGCAGAGAGAUUCCGCUGCCCGGAGGCUCUCUUCCAGCCAUCUCUCAUUGGAAUGGAAGCUUCUGGUAUUCAUGAGAGGACCUACAAGUCUGUCAUGAAGUGUGAUAUUGAUCUAAGGAGGGAUCUUUUUGGAAAUAUUCUGCUUAGUGGUGGGUCAACCCUGUUCCCGGGCUUUGCUGACCGGAUGAGCAAGGAACUCACUGACUUUGUCCCUAGCAGCAUGAAGAUUAAGGUGAUUGCGCCACCUCCCCUUGAGAGGAAAUACAGUGUCUGGAUCGGAGGAUCGAUCCUUGGAUCUCUCAACACCUUCCAACAGAUGUGGAUUUCCAAGGACGAGUAUGAUGAAUCUGGUCCAUCUAUCGUCCACAGGAAAUGCUUCUAAGUACUUAUUUUGUUGCUUUUGAUGGUCUACUUCGUUUUUGCUUUAUAUUCUUUAUCUAUUUUUCGUGUUAUGUUUCAUAUGAAGUAAGAAAAGCUGACAUGGAUAUAUGUGGAGUUGUUAACAAUCAAGAAGGUAAUCAUCAUUCCACUAACUACUCACCACCACCACCACCAUUGAUAACCACCGUUACGUUCUA